GCAAACGAGCGCCGCACUGUGACACCGGCGGCGCGCUUCGCUCCGAGACAGGAGAAAAAUAAAGUGCGUGGUGCACGGCUGCGAGGGAGGAGGGUGCGCGCCACAUGAUGGGCCAGAUGGCUGCGUAACUGUAUACAUUACCAUCGAGAGAAGACUCAAGGAACCUGGUUUUCAACAAGUACACCAUGACCAGACCACCACCUAACAGAAGAGGUAUUACUUUUGAGGUUGGAGCACCGCUGGAGGCUCGCGACAGCCUGAAGAAUUGGUAUCCUGCCAGCAUUGAGAAAAUCGAUUAUGAAGAGGAACGGGUGCUGAUUCAUUACCGUCAGUGGAGUCACCGUUACGAUGAGUGGUUCGACUGGAGCAGCCCGUACCUGAGGCCGGUGGACCGCAUCCAGCUGCGGAGAGAAGGGCUCAAGGAGAACAGCUCCCGUUCAGUCUUCCAUGUGAAUGAGAAAGUCCUAGCCAGCUGGUCAGACUGUCGCUUCUAUCCAGCCAAGGUGCUGUCGGUCAACAAGGAUGCUUCCUACACUGUCAAGUUUUUUGAUGGAGUUGUCCAGACAGUCAAGGAAAUUCAUGUGAAGCCAUUUUUCAAAGAUAAAAAAGGAGGAAAAUCCAGAUCACAGGACAAAAAAGGAGACAAACAAGUAGUCAGAAAGCAGCUGAGUGAGAAAGACCGGAAGCCUCUGGGGAAUGUGGGAAGUGCACAGGAGAAUGGGCAUGUCAAAAACAGGAGAAUCAAAAGUACGGUGGACCAUGAUGAAGACAGUGGCAAGGAAGAUGAAGGGGAGGAGCAGGAAAAUGGAGAUGGCAGUGAGAAAAAGAGGCUGAUGUUAGGCUCUGAGGACAUGGCAGAAGUAGAGUGUGAAAAGCCAGCAAGGGAAGGAGAUCACAUGAGAGAGCUUUCCCAGAAGCCAGAGGUGAGAGAUGGCAAGAUCAACCAAGCAGCAAGUGGAGAGGUCAAUUGUAUGGUGGACUGCAAGUCUGAAAACGAGUCCUGGGACUGUACCACACCACAGGGUGUUAUGGAGAUACAAGCCAAGGAGAGCAUAUCUGAGCCCCCUGCUAUGCUGAAGGCAGUGCAAGAGAAGACCCCUACAGAGCACCACUCCCAGAGCUCCAGGAGACAAACGCGCUUCACAAGAGGAGGGGCAAAAAAACAGCGUGAAGUUCUUGAGCUGAGGAAGAGGAAAAUCUGCCUUGGACAGAGUAUACCUUCCAAGAGAAGCAAGAGGGACUUGAGCACAGGCUCUGCUGAGUCCAAGUCCAACGCAACCACUGACCCCUCUGACCAGAAGCUGUGUCAAUCUGAUAUGGUGACAUCUCAGCCGGCUGGGUCUGUGGGGGAAAGGGAGGCUCACGGCGUGUCAGACCAGCUGGAGGUACCUUAUCCAGCCAAAGGGAAUGGACAGGCCCCCCCUGUCCAAGCUCCUGUAGUGAGAGGUACCCAUCUUCCAAACCGCAAUAAGUACAGCAGAGAGCCCUUGUAUAGAGUAGUGAAAAACCAGCCUCCGCCAGUACUGUCCAUCAACCUGGACCACAACCCAUUCAAAUGCAAGGCCCCUGGCUGCCUGAAGUCCUUCCGCAAGGCCAAGCUUCUGCACUACCAUGUCAAGUACUACCACGGGGGGGACAAGGCAGCUGAGGGAGAGCUCAGCCCCACCAGGAGCAUCCAAACACGGGCGUCUGAGAGGCAGAUGAUGGCGCUGGAGAGUCCCAGGACAAGACGCAGCACGUCAGCCUCUUUCAACUCUUCCCUGCAGAACAGCCAUAGGAAUCUGCAACCCUCAAGAACUGCUAGACAGAAUGAGAGAAAGCGAACUCUGGCAUCCCCCAGUGCCAGUGGUGUGAGCCACCGGCGACCCUCGCUCCUCGGGAAGAGUGAUGAGGAUCAGGUGAAGUCCAGGAGUAGACCAACUGAGGGAGAGCAUGGUGUUGUCCACACAGAGAAAGACAGGGGAAGGCUGAAAGAAAGGAAACACAUUGGUUUUCUCCACAUCAAGCUCAAAAAGAAAAAGAGAAAGAAGUCCAAGUCAGAUGAGGACAGCGGGAGCAACUGGUCUGCGGACAGUCCGAUAUGGAGCGAAGAGGAACUGGAUAUCUCCACACCUUCACAAGUGCAGGAAGCAGACUUGUGCGCAAAAGACUCCGAGGUGGUCAGUUGCAUCUGUGAGGUUCAGGAAGAGAACAACUUCAUGAUUCAGUGCGAGGAGUGUCUGACUUGGCAGCACACCACAUGUAUGGGACUCACCGAGGACAAUGUUCCGGAAACAUAUUUCUGCCAUAUGUGCAGAGGUCGUCCAGGGAGGAGGCAGAGCUUGCACUACUGGUGUGAUUGGGAUUGGCUGAGCAAUGGCCACAUGUAUGGUCUGUCUUUCCUGGAGGAGAACUACUCUCAUCAGAAUGCCAAGAAGAUUGUUGCCACACACCAGCUGCUGGGAGAUGUGCAUCAUGUGCUCCAGGUCUUGAGCAGCUUGCGCCUCAAGAUAGAUAUCCUGCAGAGCCACUCGCACCAUGACCUGAAGCUGUGGUGCCAGCCAUGGAAGAGAGCAGACUGGCCCAGGAAGAAAGGGGGCACAGAGAAUGGGGUAGUGCCCUCCGUUACAAUUGACCUUGGGCUGGAGCAGGGGAGCGGUGCAGUUCGAGAGGCAUCAGCAGACAGAGAUGCAUUGAACCAUGGGCCUCCUGUCCAAGACUCGUACAUCAGCAGUGAACACUGCUACCAGAAGCCCCGCACAUAUUACCCUGCAGUGGAGCAGCGGCUUGUUGUAGAGACACGGCCCUCAGAACUGGAGGACAGCCUCCGCAGCACAGAGGACCUCCUGGCCCUGGAGCAUUGCUAUGGGGGACCACUGGACCCCGAGUGGGGGAAAAUCCAUCCUUCCCUGCAAUUUGACCAGGCUUCUCACACAAAGGCGGACUGCUGUAAGAAGCUGUGUUUGGAAAGUGGCUGCGAGGACAGGAUCGAGAAGAUGGAGGCUGGGGAGGCUGAUGGACACCUGCAGCAGCAGUGGCAGAUGAACCUGCUGGAGCACAUUGAGGCCCUGCAGGAGGAGGUCACGCACAGGAUGGACUUCAUCGAGAAGGAGCUGGAUGUGCUGGAGAGCUGGCUGGACUGCACGGGCGAGCUUGAGCCACCGGAGCCCCUGGCACGCCUGCCCCAGCUCAAACACCGUGUCAAGCAGCUCCUGGCAGAGCUAGCCAAGGUGCAGCAGAUCGCACUCUGCUGCUCCACGUGAGGGCGCCAGACGUGCCGGACUCCGAGACCUGACUUGUUGCACUUGUUAUGGAAAUUCCGCCUCUUGUAACCCGUAAUAAGGCCAAAAACACCAGAAGAGGAUGGUGAGAAGGGGCCUACACAGAUGUCGUCAGACUGACCCGGAGGUAUCUGCUGUACUCCAGUAAUACAAGUACAAUAUUGAAAAAUAAGCAGGUUUUAGCAUUUAGGUUUCUGGUAGUCAUUCCUCAAUAUUAAUAAUGCCAUUAAGGUUAUUGUUAUCUUUCUGAAAUUACAUUGAAGUCCAGGCCACAAAGUGUCCCCUUGUUCUAAGCAAGUCUUACUGUACAACAUAGACUUUCAAAAAUGCUUAUUUUUUUAUUCAUCUUGACAAAAUUAAGAAAGGUCAUGUUUUGUGCUUAAGAUGUUUUGAAAACAUUUUGUCUUCAUAAAUGAUUAUGAAUGAUUACCCAGGUUUUCAGGAAUUGCAUCAAAGAAAUGCACAGUGAUGAUUUUCAUUAAAUGCUUGUGGUAGUAUUUUUUUUUUUUCCUUUAAGAAUGCAAAACUGUAGUAUUUGUGAUUCAGAUAAAUGGAAAGGUUUAUAUGUAAUGCUAAAUAUUUUACCCUGUAUUCAUGCAGAUGUGUAUAUAAGAUGUUUUACCUUCUUUAUCUUUCUAAUGACAGUGGCAUUUUGGACUGUUACUGAGAGAUGUUUGUUGAAGACCAAGGAUUUUUAACAGCUUGUUGGUGUACAGUGUCUCUACUGCAGGUCAUGCAGUUUUGUUUUAUUACAUAUUUUUGUGCAAAUUUGUCUAGUGUACUUUGUAUAACUGUUUUCUUUUGAAAUAUAAAAGGUUGCAUUUAUUGCCCUGAA